AUGUGCCCACCAGACGUGACAAACAGUGAAGUCACUUUACGGAAGACAUUGGAGAUGUCAACUGUUGGUAUUGCACAUUUGGCUAGAGAGAGCGGAUCUCCCUCUGUGAAAGAUGAAAAUGGCACGCUUGUGCAGGGUGGUAUCAUUGGUGUUGACGUUGCGAUGAACAUGCACCUUCGUUCUGUGAAGAUGUCCCUCAAAAACAAGGAUCCUAUCAACCUCGAUUCACUGUCUAUUCGUGGAAACAACAUUCGAUACAUUAUUCUGCCUGACUCUCUUCCUCUUGAUACAAUGCUCAUUGACGACGAGCCUCGAAAGAAAGUUGCCAGGGCUCGGGCUGGUGCUCGUGGGAGAGGACGUGGAGGUCCACGCGGAAGAGUUAGGAGAUGCAACGUCAUGCUCGAGUGA